UCAAGUCGUUGAAAUCUCCACGAAUAUUUAUUUCGAAGCUGGCUAUUCUCUAAAAGGCAAUGCCGAAACAAUGCAGUGACAUGCUGCCUAUCCGCCGGGGGGCGACAAUGCUUUGCCAAGUCUCCAACUUCUCUUCUCGUGCUCGGGAUGGUUGUUCUUGGUGCUUCCGGGGAUCUGGACUACCGUCGAACUUGCGCGGAGUUGGUCCCGUGCGGGGAAAGGAAAAAAAACACGUGGGGGCACCUGACCUUUUCCCCAACUGCUUAUUAUGGAAAUGGUGCAUCAUUAGUGGCUCGGUCUUUCAUGCUUCAUGCUUCAUGCUUCAUGCUUCAUGCCUCAUCUCCUCCCCCGGCUAGGAGGCUCGGUGGGACUAUUGAUGGUCUAACAGUUGACUUACUUUU